AUGUCAGAUUCAUCUGAAAACAAAGAACAGAGUGAUAGAGAGAAAAAUGUUAAUGAUGAAUAUUUGGAACAAAUAUCAUUGGCUAAUGGUAGUAAAACAGAUCCAUUAAUUAAAGAUGAAAUAGCAUCUUUAGCGUUAAAUACUACAUUGAAUGAGACCAAAGACCAAGAUAAAGACAAUAAGAUUGAAAUUGUAGAAGAAUCGACUAGCAUUGAAGAGAAAAAAGUAAAUUCGACAGAAAAUGUUGCCAAAAGAUCUAAAUCCACCGAUCGAGCAGAGAGUAGUACCUUAUGUAAAUCUGAUAUCGAUUGGGAUCACGAUACUAACAAAAGGCAAAAAUUAAAUGACUGUCAACCAAAUACUUCAACAAGCGAUAGUAAUAUUCGGGAAAGCAGUAAUGAGCAAAAAUCUAAUUUUCGCAAACUCGAAUCUAAAUUCAAAAAACGUAAUUAUCGUAAUCAAAGCAAUUCUAGUGAUAUAGAUGAUUUAAAUGACAAUACAAGAUCAAAUCCUAGCAUACGAGAAAAGUCCAGUUCUUCAGAAUCCAUUCAACAAGAUACGAAAGACAGUUCCGACGAACGAAGCGAAAUCGCCGAAGAUAAUGCUGAAUCAAACGAAUGGACAACAGCUAGUGAUGAUACAGAUGAAAUGCCAGGUAUUUUACAAAAAAAGCCAACAAAAUCUGACUGGUCUAUCUUAAAAGACGUGAUUAAUCGUCAAAUCGGAUCAAAUAACUCAAUUCCAUUACGAUUUUAUAGUUCACUUCUUGCAGUUCAACGUUUAGAACUUAUGUACAAACUCGAAGAACAUAAUGGCUGUGUUAAUGCUAUAGGUUUUAAUCAAAAAGGAAAUCUUCUUGCAAGUGCCUCGGAUGAUUUAACAAUUACAAUUUGGGAUUGGGCUAUUGGAAAAAAGCAUAUAGCACUGCAAACUGGUCAUAGAAGUAAUGUUUUUCAAUCUAAAUGGUUACCUCUUGAUAUGGAAUAUUUUGUAGUAUCGUGUGCUCGUGAUGGUCAAGUGCGCUUAAUCGAUAUUCGAACCAGUGUCAGUCGAAAAUUAGCUAAACAUCGGGCAGCCUGUCAUAAAAUUAGUACCCAUUUAGAUUUACCUCAUUUAGUACUCUCCGCUGGUGAAGAUUCUAAGAUCUUAUCAAUUGACAUAAGAGAAAGUAAACCAUCAAUAUUACAAUCGGUCAAAGAUAAUGAUCAAGAGGUUGAACUUUACAGUAUUCACUCAAAUCCUUUAAAUAAUUUUGAGUUUUGCGUCGCUGGUCGAACGCGUUUUGUUAAAAUAUAUGAUCGUAGAAAACCUACAAUUCCUUUGCAACAAUUGUGUCCAAAACAUUUAUUGUCAGAAGAUCAAGCGCAUGUGACGUGUGCUGUUUACAAUCAUAAUGGAACUGAAAUUGUAGCUUCUUAUAACAAUGAAGACAUAUACUUAUUCGAUACCGCAAUACCAUAUCAAAGUGGAGAUUUUGCUCACAAAUAUCAAGGACAUCGAAAUAGUGUUACUGUUAAGGGUGUUAAUUUCUAUGGACCAAAUAGUGAAUUUGUGAUAUCUGGAUCAGAUUGUGGAAAUAUAUUUAUUUGGGAUAAAAAGACAGAAGCGAUAGUUCAGUGGAUGCUUGGAGAUCGACAAGGAAUUGUAAAUGCUUUAGAGCCUCAUCCUCAUAUUCCAAUUUUGGCAACAAGUGGUCUUGACUCUGAUGUAAAAAUAUGGGUACCAACUCGAGAAGAACCACCUAAUAUUGAACAACAAUUACAGUCCUGUGUUAAGCAGAAUCUAACGCCUAGAACUAAGAAUAUUGAAGAUGCAGAAAAUGCUUUCGAUGGGCAUUUCUUGUGGAUAAUGUUACGGCAUAUUCGCCAAGCUGAUCGACAUAGGCAACUUCUUGUAAGAAUAGACAAUAGAAACCAAAACCAUGAUUUCGAUGAUGAUAGUGAUAUUGAUAUUGGCAAUGAUGAAGACGUUGGAGAUUUUAAUGAAAAUAAUGAUGAUGAUGAUGAUAAUGAUGAUUAUGAUGAUGAUGAUGAUGAUGAUGAUGAUGAUGAUAGUUCUUCCAAUUCAAAUGAUAAUUCUAGUGAAAGUGAUGAUCACUUUGAAAAUUAAGAUAUUCGAUAAUGUUGAUAAUAUAUAUAAUCAUGAUUUUUUAAGUUACAAUAA